AUGGCUGAUUAUAAGCGUGUAGCGAGUGCAGUCAUCUUCAUCACCAUAUGUCUCCUUGUUUUCCUCAAUCUCAACUUCAAUUACGUCCCGGUCCAGAUAGUAAAACAUGGCGAAGAGCAAGUUGAAGCACCCAAACUCGUCAACAAUCCCUGGAAGACAUCAAAACAAGAGGUGGUCCACAAGGACGUACAAGCACUGCAACCUACUUCUCCUAUCGACGGCAUCUCAACAGCACAACCGUUUGGCGUUCCCCUCAACCAUGGCCAGACGACUCGCGUUCCUUUGGUAACAUACGCGUAUGCCGAGACCCCGUAUGGACGGAGGAACCUCGAAUUUUUCGUCAAGCAUGGCCUCCACGCCGCCGCUGAUUUUAUCUUCAUCCUGAACGGCGACACCGAUGCGGAUGAGACCAUCAUUCCUAAGGGCCUGUCAAAUGUCAAGAUAAUAAAGCGGGAAAAUACAUGUUUUGAUCUAGGGGCCCACUGGGAAGUGCUGACCAAAGUACCAGGAGACGGGUCGGGUGCGAAGGCUUUGAAGGACACCUAUCACAAGUUCAUUCUUAUGAACGCCAGCAUCCGCGGUCCGUUCGUGCCGCAUUGGAGUAAGGAGUGUUGGACAGAUGCAUAUCUGAGCAAGUUGAGUGACAAAGUCAAGCUCGUGGGAUCGACAAUUAAUUGUAUGGGCGGCGGCUCGCAGCACAUUCAGUCCAUGAUUUACGCGACUGAUCGAAUUGGCCUCGACAUCAUACUCCUCCCGGAAGGCAUUGGCGAGUGUUUCCCUUCGCUUCAGUCCGCGAUGAAUGCCGAGAUCCGCACCACGCCUUUGGUAAAAUCCAAAGGCUAUCACAUCGAUGUCAUGUUAGCGAACUUCCAGUCCGAGCCUGACUAUGCCUAUGAGAACUGUACGGUUAACGGAGAGUUCCUUUACGAUGGCGCCUACUAUGGGUUCAGUGUGCACCCAUUCGAGACCAUAUUCAUCAAGACGAACAGGGGGAUCAGCCCGAAGCUGAUUGAUCAGCAUACCGAGUGGGUGGACGCAAGUGGCUACAGUAGCUACGAUGUUUGCCAUGUCCACUGA